CCUCAAUCAAAAUUUUGCAUCCGCAGGCGAGAGCACUAUAAAACGAGGCCAUACUAUCAUGAAAAAAUCAGAAUCCCGAGCACUCCCAUUCGACAUACGAUGCGAGUUUUCACGCUCGCGGCAGCGAUGCUGCUUGCGCCUCUCAAGGUCGUGGAUGCCGCCGCCGUGUUUGCCCACUUCAUGAUCACCAAUACGGGUUCAUGGGGUGUCAACGACUGGGUUAACGACAUGAAGGCCGCUCAAGCCAUGCAGCUCGACGCCUUCGUGAUCAACAUGGCUGUGGGAGAUCCGCAUAACAGCCAGCUCAGCAACGCGUUCGCAGCUGCGCAGAGUACUGGCUUCAACCUGUUCUUCUCCUUCGACUACGGCGGCAACGGACCCUGGACGCAGCAGCAGGUUCUCGACACGCUCACUCCGUGGAUCGGCAACGCGCGUUAUUACAAGCGGGGCAGCAGUCCUAUGGUCUCCACCUUCGCAGGCGACGCCAACCACGCGGACUGGACGCAUAUCAAAAGUGUUACGGGUUGUUAUUUCAUCCCUGAUUGGUCGGCUGUCAGUGCGAAAGAGGCUUGGAGCUAUGGUCAGGCAGAUGGUCUGUUCAGCUGGGCGGCAUGGCCAGUUGGACCUCAGCCCAUGAAUACGUUCCCGGACGCGUCGUACCUUCUGUUCGAGGGUGAUGACAUCGCUAAUCGCCCGGUCGGUGCGAAUUACAUGAUGCCUGUUUCACCUUGGUUCUACACGAAUCUCCCUGGCUAUGGCAAGAACUGGUUGUGGAAUGGAGACACUCUUUGGUUCGAUCGAUGGGACCAGGUCUUUUACAGUCGCCCCGACUUUGUGGAGAUCAUCUCGUGGAACGACUUUGGAGAGUCCCACUACAUUGGUCCGUUGAACCCCACUUCCUAUGACGCUUUCACCAUCGGCAAGGCACCGUUCAACUAUGUUGAUGGGAUGCCUCACACCGGCUGGACUACUUUCCUCCCGUACCUCAUCCAGACGUAUAAAACCGGCAAAGCUGCGGCCUCGCAACAGUUGUUGACCGCCUGGUUCCGGCUCUCGCCCGCUGCUGCCUGCGGAGAUGGGGGGACGACUGGUGACGUGGCUGCGCAACUGCAAGUUGAAUAUCCGCCGUCGCAGAUGCUCCAAGACAAAAUCUAUUUCGCGGCGCUGCUCAAUUCUGAGGUCGCACCGACUGUUACUGUUGGCGGGAACUCCAUCCCAGCACAGUGGGACAAGAGGCCGUAUGGCGGAGUUGGUAUCUACCGUGGCAGUGCCGCUUACGGGGGCAAUCUGGGAACUGUGCAGGUUAACGUCGCUGGAAUGGUCGUCACUGGCCAAUCGAUCACCACCGUGUGCCAUAAUGGGCUGAACAACUUCAAUGCCUGGGUCGGCAGUGCUACUGGCUCCGGAACAGUCGCUCCUCCCGUGUGGUCAAUCUACGACACCUCUGCCACUUGCAUCGCCGGGACCAGUGUGGGUAACUUCCAGGGACUGUGUAACUUCUCGUGCAAAUACGGAUAUUGUCCUUACGGGUCGUGCAUCUGCACUCAAAUGGGUAUCCAGCCGGCCAAGCCGCCACCUACUACGACUGUCGGAUAUCCCGCCGCUGGCAUGGAUGCCAGCUACGGAGGACUCUGCUCGUUCGAUUGCACCUAUGGCUACUGCCCGACUACAGCUUGCGACACUGUGAAGCAUCCUUUGACCACACCCAGCUUCUCACCGUUCAAUCCCAAUGUUUGUACCAAGGGCAGUGCCAAGUCUGAUCCCAACCUCGGAGGAUUGUGCAGCUUCGCUUGCGGUUUCGGCAUGUGCCCAAUGCACGUGUGCAAUUGCGACCUCCAAGGUCCGCAGCCUGUUCUCCCUGCAUACACCGCCUCUGCCACAGGCGUCGCUCUUUCCGGUGUCACCGAUGGGGGCCUUUGCUCCUGGUCUUGCCCAUAUGGCUAUUGUCCUCCUGGAGCUUGCGCCCAUGGCUCGUCUCCUCCAAGCGGACCGACUACUACGAGUGCGCCGCCGCCGCCGCCGACAACAACUCAGGCGCCGCCUCCGCCAACCACUACGACGUUCUCUGGCCCAACCUCAUGUCCCUCGAUCUACAGUGUUGCCAAGAAACACCUCGACCAAAUGAUGACCUAUUACGUGGCGCCACCAAACGACCUUGGUGGAGGUGUUUGGAUCUCAGAGCCCGAUGAUGCUGAUCGCGAGUGGACCGAUGCUAACAAGUGGGAGACUCUCUAUAACUACGUCUGGGCCACUGGAGACAAGACCUACGACAUUUUCAAUCAAAUUGCUGGGCCAUACCCUGGCGGCGGUCAGACUGCGCCUCCCGCGGGAUGGGAUACCUACUUCGGCAAAUCCCGGGACGAUGCAUUGUGGACAGCGCUCAUGUUCAUCAAAGUUGGCCAGUACAAGGCUUCGAUUGGCAGCACUUCUGACCCGCAUCCGAGUGAUUUCUAUGUGAGUGCAUACUCGUUGCACACCCUCUCCGGCCAACCUGGUCACAGGCAUUCGGUUCCGGGAUCCAACAGAGUGUCAGCGUUACUUGGUCCAGUGUUUGCGGUGGCGGAGUUUGCUGGAACGGGCAACGAUUGCACGUACAAGAACACGAUUACGAACGGUCUCUUCCUCCUGACGUCAGCCACCAUGUACAACACAGUCGGAGGUGACCAAUACUUGAAUGAUGCUAAACGAGUCUGGGCUUGGUUGGAGACCUCCGGUGCUCGCCGUUCUGACGGUAUCUGGUACGACGGCAUCCAAGUCAACACCAAAACCGGCCAGUGUUCUGUUGACCAAGGCCUUUGGACUUACAACCAGGGUGUUAUCGCUGCUGGACUGGCCGGCCUCUACGUAGCGACGGGACGGACCAACCACACCCUGCUUGAUAUCGCUGAGCAAACCAUCGAUGCUGUAUUUUCUGGAACGGACUUUGUUGCACCGAAUGGGAUCAUUCGUGAAAGCUGCGACAUCUCUGCGUCUCAAUACAAGGCCUGUUCCAGCAGCAAUCCCGAUCCCCAGGUCUUCAAGGGCAUCUUCAUGAAGCAUCUCCAAUACUACAUCGACACCGCCAAUGACAGCACGAACCGGGUGUACCACAAAUACUUCAACAAGGUCUUUGCCCAAUACAGUGGUGUUUACCACUACGCGACGGACUCUGUCGCAGAAGCCGGCAACCUUUGGUGGACUCCGAGUCAAGGAGGCAUGGUCAUCAACGGGUAUACCGAUCAGGCUGCCCUGGACUGUAUCCUCGCUGCAGCCAAAUAUGGGGGCUGCCAGAGCACGGGCUGAGCGCUGAGAAUCGGAUUAAUAAUACAUUUAUUUAUUGUGUAAUCAUCGUGAAAGGGAAAUUCGUGACAACUUUUGCUCAAA